AAAUUAACACAAAAAUCUGUGUGGAUCGUUUAGACAUCUGUUAAAUUUAACAUACAUUUUUCAACUAUGCAGAUACUCCGAAGAAAUAGUAGAAGUCUAUGAAAUUGUCAUGCUUUUGUCAAUAUUUUGACAUAUGACAUAUUACAUCCUUAAGCAAAUUUAUGUUUUGUACAACUUUUUACGUUUUUGCUUUAUUUACUAUGUGGUAUAAUUGGUAUCUCCGGCAAGUGCUCCUUGUACACUUUGCAUUCGUUUUUUGCGGAAUAGUGAAUUUCGGCCCUUGUAAGUUGCCUGCGCUAAAAAGCCCUUCACGGCGCGGCCGCGCUGAGUUUGAUACUUGAAACGAUAAAUUAUGAACUUCUCUGUUUCAGCGUGGAUCCUGGGAUGGUUCAUGUGCAAAGCGGUUGCUUAUAUACAGGGCGUCUCUGUAGCGGCCUCCGUCUACAGCCUAGUCGCGGUUUCCUUAGACAGGUUUUUGGCGAUCUGGUGGCCGCUAAAAUGCCAAAUCACAAAACGACGGGCCCGCUUGAUGAUCGUCGUGAUCUGGUUCAUCGCUCUGACGAUGACGUCACCGUGGUUGCUGUUCUUCGAUCUGGUCAUCUACGAAGACGAGCCCGAAACGCGCAUCUGUCUGGAAAUGUGGCCGCAUCCCGAGGACGGCAGGCUCUACUUCCUGAUCGGCAAUCUGAUCCUCUGCUACGUGCUGCCAAUGAUUCUCAUAUCUCUCUGCUACAUUCUCAUAUGGAUCAAGGUAUGGCGCAGGCAUAUACCCACCGACACCAAAGACGCCCAGAUGGAGAGAUUACAGCAGAAGUCGAAGGUGAAGGUGGUCAAGAUGCUGGUCGUGGUCGUCAUCCUCUUCGUUCUCUCGUGGCUGCCUCUCUACGUGAUCUUCGCCGUGAUCAAGCUGGGCGGCAACUUUAUACAGGAAGAAGACGAAAUCCUGCCAAUUGCUACGCCGAUCGCCCAGUGGCUGGGCGCCAGCAAUUCCUGCAUAAAUCCGAUCCUCUACGCCUUUUUCAACAAGAAGUACCGGCGCGGCUUCAUCGCCAUCCUCAAGAGCGGUCGAUGCUGCGGCAAGCUCAGGUAUUACGAGACCGUCGCGAUGAUGUCCUCCUCGACGAGCAUGAGAAAGUCCUCCUAUUACGUCAACAACAACAACAACAAUUCGUCGACGAGACGCGCCUGGCACGGGCCACCGGUCCACCAGGACAGCAACGUCUCCUACAUAUUCAACCACACCGGUGUGUAAUCGCGGUCGUGCGAGCCGAGGAUGCCCCGAGGUGGUCUCGUUUUAUUGCGCAGAUUUAAUAAUACCCGCUCGACGCGGUGGAUAAACUGGACAGAGAAGAGAGGACGUGGCGGCCUUUGUAUUUGACGGAUCUCCUGUCAACGCGCGGUUGAAGCCGAGAUCUAGUCAGAGUCAGCCGGUCCGAAAAUUACGGGUCACUCGGAUGAUCAACACGAUUGUUACUUCGGGCCGGAAAUCAGCGACUGAUGAUUGAGAGAUUUCUAGAAAGGCAGUAAUGAAGACGCGCAGUUUCCGCGGCAGAGACGACAGUCGUCGUCGUUGCUAUUGUCGUCGGUUUUUUGGAUUUUGUCACAAUGUAACCACUGCGUACAUGUAAUACAAUAGUCGUUAAGACAAGUUCGCUUAGAUACGACACGAUACGUGUCUGUAGCUUUUUCCGGAAUCAUUUGAAGAGAGACGCGACGACGGCAUUACGCUUCAACGAACCUUACGAUUUCUUCUUAUCUAUGUUGAUGAUAUUUGUACGCCAUUUUGAAGAGAUGAUACAGGGAAGAGGUAGUUUGUUAGAUCUACCAAUUAAAGCGUGCGAGUUUGUUACUAUUGCGACGGUGUAUGCAUCAUCCUUUGCCCGUCGGCCACGUAAUUAGCGCGACAGCGCAGAGUGGCGGGAUGAUGACUCGAGAUGAUGACUCGGGAUGAUGAUUCGCGGGCGAGCGGAUGCGCGCGAGUCGACUCGUUGUCUGUCGACGGCAAACACCGCGGCUCAUGAUAGACAAUUAGUCGGUGCGCGCGACACUCAUCGGCGGAGUAGUCGCGUAAUUAAGGGGGGCGGAAGUGGAGGCGUGUAGAGGCACCACUUUACGGUGCGCUCGAUCGAGCAGAGGAAUCGACGCGGACGGCAAAUGCGGCGUGGCGUAAGAAUCGAUUUCGGUCCAUCGGAUUUUCGAUUACGGAUCAAAAGAUGUAGAUCGCGCGAGAGAUUGUAAAAUAUCUCAUUUUAUUCUCACGCGGGUUGAUUCAUAUACAGUUUCACAGAAGGGUAAUUUGUUUAUAUUUUUGCCGGCCUUCCUGGUAAAAAAGCGUGAUUCUUUGUAAGAGCCACAUUGUUAUAUCGAUGCGUCUUUCUUUCUCCGACACUGCAUUCUAGAAAUAUGACAGAAUGGAGAAAGAAUUUGUUUGGACAGUAAAAAAAAAUGAAUUAAUCGACUCUUUGUAAACACUACCUCCACAUGUAGGUCAGCAAUUUACUACUGUAUGUACUUAAAAUUACAUAUACACUAGGAUUACGUAUAUAUAUAUUUUCUUACCGAGAGACGUUAAUCGAGUUGGUACUUUUGUCGUUUAGAUAUUUACAGCUUGUUCAAAAUAUAAUAGAGGAGAUUUACGCGAAUGUGUGAGACAUCACUAAGGCGUCUUAUUUUUCAAUGUUUUUUUGGUAGAUUUUUUUUAGAUGCUUCUCUCUCUCUCUUGCACUUUUAUUCGGAAAAAAUAUUGGCCGUUGAGUGGGCGAUUCGAUUUGUAGAAUGGAUUAAUUGAUAAGAUCUUCUCCCGUAUAAUUUUUCGCGUUUGUACCGCGUUUGCACAAGCGUUAUUUGUCUAAAUCGUCCCGAGGGCGAUUCUCCGAAGCUACGUGACGCUUGUGUCAUAGCUCGUUAUUUUGUCGCGUGAGGAAUUAUCCGUCGAAGAAUCGAGAAACUUUUGCGCGAUUUAUAACGCGAGCAAUCGCAAUUACCUGCUCGUUAUACAUUUUAAGAUUUCACGACGAUCGACUUCUUCGCGAGCGCGCUUUGCGCUCUCCUUGGGAAAGGGGAUGGGGAAAAAGGGGCGCGGAAUCAUUCUGAAUCCUCAUAGUUGUAAAUCGAUAAGCAUGAAUCGCCGGAUUUUACGAUAAAGCAAUUAUUUUCGUAAAGUUUUUAUACGAGAGACGAGGGAGAGAGUGAAUCGUUGGUGUUACACGUACGUACGAAUUAUAUUACACGGUGGUCCCGAGGCGCUGGUCAAAUUCAUAUCCACCUUAGUGGCGUGACGUCGCCACUAAGUCGAGAGCGGUGGCGCGAUUAGGUUUGUAAUGGCGAUAAUAAAAUUGAAUGAGAGACACAUAAGAGACGCGACGUAAAAUGCAACCAUUAACGACAGCUGAUUGAAGAACUCGAAAGAGAGAAAGAGAGAGAGAGAGAAAGGCGUAAGAACAAUCUUGGGACUUGAAACUUAUAUAAUAUUUCGCCAAGUUCAACUUUGCCGUAGACACACCAUUUUUCGAUAGCAUCGGCAAUUCAAUUCAUCGAAAUUAUGUCGACUGGCAAUAAUAUCUGCGAUUGUAUACGUAUGUAUAAAAGGGCGAAAAAAAAAUUUAAGAGUGUUCGAGCAAUGAAUAUGACACACACAUAGUACAUACAUGUAAGGAUCCAGCGUGGGUGAGUCUAUGUACAUUCGCUCCGUCUGCAUAUAUGCAUUACAUGUAUUUCCACUGUUGUUAUUAAAUAUAUACGCAGACCACGUUUAUCCACGUUUGUCCUUCCGUCUUUAAAAAAAAAAAAAAUCUCUUUUUCAUACUGUAGAUUGUUAAUCGUUAUUAUCGGUCCCGUCGAUCGCGAACGAAAUAUUUUUUGUACGCACACGCUUUAACGGAUUUUCGUCACUUUCCGAUGUUUAGAAGUUUACGUUAAUAUGAAAGAAUUGUGCGAGACACAGGUCAUGAAUUCGCUGGAAGAAUUUUUGCGUUCUUGUUAAACUGUCUCGGAUACAUCAUGGCGCAUUUAUCGGAUAUAAUAGAUAUCUUAUAUAAUUAGGGCGAUAAAAAUUACAUUUGUAAAUUAGAUACAUAUGCAAGGAAAUGUUGUAAUACAUUUAAGGAAAACAUUUGUAAUAGGGCUACAUAUAUAAAGCCGAUUUAAAAUGCCGAUAUAUUUAAAUAUUUGAAUAUUUGGAUGUGUAUGUGUGUGUGCGGGCGUGUCAUCGAUUAAAUUUUGAGAGAUUCAAAUAAUUCUAUCAGACAUGAAACGAAUGGUCGAGUAAUUCAAGUAUUUCAAGAAUACACACACAUUUUUAGAUGAUUAAAUUAUCAUCCGUAUAUUUCGAUAUUUACUAGAUAUUUGUGAUAUUUAUGACCAAUCUAACUGUACAUAUUUGAAUAAACGAAUAAUACAAUACAAAGAGAGAGAGAGAGAGAGAGAGAAUAUAACUGAUACUUGAUAUAUAUUCAGUUACUUAAAAAAUAUUCAAUUAUAUUUCAUCAGAAGUUUUACGUAUUAAAGUUUAUUCGAUUUAUCCGAAUAACACGGGAUUAUUCGAACAUUUAUAGCCCUAAUUCAUACUCAUUACUUAAGUCUUGUUUCACCGAGACUUGCAAGGAUGCAAUCAAAAAGUUUCCGGACUGACACUAUAAAAAGUAAUUGACUAAUCCUAUUCACGAUUAUCUUCUUCAAAGUAAUCUCGUUAGAUAUUAACUCUUAACGGCGGAAGAGAAGAUCCAUACAAUCUCGGUGAUGAGGGUUUCUCACACAUACAUACUCUUUACGUCUUUUUCAAAUGAUCCUUGGACUUAACGCUAAUUACUUUUAUUGGUUAUCUAAGGUAUUUAGGUGUAGAAAAAAAAAAAAA